UGCAUCAGCUUUGCUUUUUUUAAGCGUUAUUAUUGACUUAUAAUAAGACAGACCUCAUCACACAUGAAAAGUUAGGAAAAAUUUUCAUAUCAAAGCCCAGCAAAUAAGCAAGCAAGCCACAUGUUUGUUUCCUCUCUCAUAUGAUCUUAACAAAAAAAAAAAUCUUUUAUUGAAAAGAAAAACAAAAAGGGUUCCUCAGAUAUUUCAAAUCCUUGUCACCGAUUCUGAGUUUUGGUUUCAUGAAUCUUGCUGCAGUUGAUGGACCGUUGACCAUCCAAUUCAAGAAACCCUAGAUUCAACUAUAGUAUGUAAUGGGGACAGAGCUGAUGAGAGUCUGUAUGAAAGAAGAGAGUGAUGAGUUACCAUCUGUUCCUCCUGGCUUUGAAUCAUAUGCUUCUUUCACUUUAAAAAGACCACUCCCUGACCCUGGUGCUGCUGCUGCUAAAACCAAGACUCCAGUGGAAAGUUCUGUAACCGAACAAGCUAAUAAGAUGGAGGAGAUUGAAUCCGAUGAACUCAAAGCUGCUCGGUCUCUACGGCGUAGACCUUGGAUCAACUAUGCCGGAUGUGAUGAUGAUGACACUGCACCUAACAAUGACAAUGCCUCUCCUCAAAAUCUUGAUCAAAAGAAGCCUUCUCUACCAAAGGGUGUGACCCGGGGAUGUGCAGAAUGUAAUGACUGCCAGAAGGUAACUGCGAGAUGGCAUCCAGAUGAAGCUCGUAGGCCAGACCUUGAAGACGCCCCUAUAUUCUACCCGACCGAAGAGGAGUUUGAAGACACUCUGAGUUAUAUAGCAAAAAUAAGACCAAAGGCUGAAAAGUAUGGAAUCUGCCGCAUUGUUCCUCCUCCUUCCUGGAAACCCCCUUGCCCUCUGAAGGAAAAGCAAGUAUGGGAAGGCUCUAAAUUCACCACGCGUGUGCAAAGAGUGGAUAAGCUUCAGAACCGGAGUUCAAUGAAGAAGAUUCUUUCUAAUCAAAUGAGAAGGAAGAAAAGAAAGUGCAUGAAGACGGGAGUGGAUGCUGUCACCAACGGCAAUGCAAGCACAGAAACGAGUGGAUUUGAGACGUUUGGGUUUGAACCUGGUCCAGGGUUCUCUCUAAACGACUUCAAAAAGUAUGCUGAUGAGUUCAAGGCUCAGUACUUUAAGAAGAGUGAACCUUUUUGUGAUAAAGAGUGUAGAGUUGGUAACUCCUGGGAGCCAGGUGUUGAGGAUGUUGAAGGUGAAUAUUGGCGUAUAGUAGAUAAAGCAACUGACGAGAUAGAGGUGCUAUAUGGUGCCGACCUUGAAACUGGGGUAUUUGGUAGCGGAUUCCCCAAGUUAUCAUCUUCUUCUUCAGACGAAAAAUAUGCAAAAUCAGGCUGGAACCUAAAUAAUUUCUCAAGGCUUCCAGGAUCCUUGCUUAAGCACGAGGGCAGUGAUAUCUCUGGUGUCCUUAUACCGUGGUUGUAUGUUGGGAUGUGCUUUUCUUCUUUCUGCUGGCAUGUUGAAGAUCACCACUUGUAUUCGUUAAAUUACAUGCACUGGGGUGCACCAAAACUGUGGUACGGUGUUGCGGGGAGGGACGCUGUUAAACUCGAGGACGCUAUGAGAAAGCAUCUGCCUGACCUUUUCGAAGAACAGCCUGAUUUGCUUCAUAAGCUAGUAACACAACUCUCCCCGUCAAAACUGAAAACGGCAGGAGUACCUGUGCACCGCAGCGUCCAGCACGCUGGAGAGUUUGUGUUGACGUUUCCCCGGGCGUACCACGCUGGAUUUAACUGUGGUUUCAACUGUGCUGAAGCUGUGAAUGUAGCGCCAGUUGACUGGCUACCUCAUGGGCAGAUUGCCAUUGAGUUAUACUGUCAACAGGGUAGGAAAACGUCCAUCUCACACGAUAAAUUGCUGCUUGGGGCUGCAAGAGAAGUAGUGAAAGCCGACUGGGAGCUGAACUUACUGAAGAAAAAUACUAUUGACAACUUGAGGUGGAAACAGUUCAGCGGAAAGGAUGGAAUCUUGGCAAAAACACUCAAGGCACGGAUUGACAUUGAACGUACAAGAAGAGAGUUUCUAUGCAGCUCUUCGCUUGCAUUGAAGAUGCAUAGUAAUUUUGAUGCUACCAACGAGAGAGAGUGCUGUAUCUGCUUCUUUGACUUGCACCUUUCCGCUGCUGGCUGCCGUUGUUCUCCAGAGAAGUAUACGUGUUUGACUCAUGUGAGGCAGCUGUGUUCCUGUCCGUUGGUUAGUAAAUAUUUUCUGUUUCGCUAUGAUAUCGAUGAGCUGAAUGUUCUCGUUGAGGCUGUGGAAGGGAAACUUAGCGCUGUGUAUAGAUGGGCGCGUCAGGACUUAGGAUUGGCUUUGAGUGCACACGUGUCGGAAAGAAAGAUGGAGAUGGAUGAAGAAGGGAAAGUGCACAAGGACUUGAGUCCACAAGCAGAUGUUAGUUUACUUCUGAAAGACAAUGAGGAGAGAUCAACACCAAGCCAAUGUAUGAAGCCUGUCAAAGAAGAAACUGUUAAUGAGUCUUCUGUUCUAAAAGAUUCAGUUUGCCAACCACCUGAAGGAGGAAUGGUCUCUGUGGCAGCUGCUAAGCCCACUAGUGGUAAAAAGAAUUCGCGAGGUUCAGUUUCUUCUAGCAAGCAUUUGAGAAUAAUACGAGAGAGACCAACCCACGUUUUAGCGUUGGAAGCAAUUGGUAAAACCCCUGCUCCAAAUUUCGAAAAGCAAGUAACUUCUUUGCCUGAUACACGGAACACUAUAUCAUCAUUGCCUACUAAUGACCAAAGAGCAGUGAGAGAGGAUGUACCGAGUUCUGUACCGCAUGGAGAAGUUAAUGCCGUAGCUGAUGAUAUAUGUAAUAGAGUGGACAUUAGCAAUCAACCUACUAGCAGUAAAUCCAAAAUCUCUGGAGGUUUGGCUAUACUGGAUGUGGUUGAUGGGACAAGAAGUAAAUCAAGUACACCAUCUAAUGGGACAAGAAGUAACUCAGGUACACCGACUUGUUCGCAAAACAAUAGUCCGGAUAGGAUCAUCCGCCAAAAGGGUCCACGUAUAGCAAAAGUUGUGAGGAGAGUUAAAUGCAAAGUAGAGCCUUUAAGUUAUGGAUGUGUGCUCUCUGGAAAAUCAUGGUGCAACCGCCAAGCUAUUUUUCCCAAAGGGUUUCGAAGCCGGGUUAGGUACAUAAAUAUAUUGGAUCCAACAAACAUGAGCUUCUACGUGUCAGAGAUUCUUGAUGCUGGACGCAAUAGUCCCUUGUUCUUGGUUUACUUGGAGGGUAAUCCGAGUGAGGUGUUUGCUCACUUGUCGCCUACAAGAUGCUGGGAGAUGGUGAGAGAAAGAGUAAACCAAGAGAUAAGUAAGCAACACAAAGCUGGUAGAUUAGAUCUUCCUCCUCUACAGCCUUCUGGGAGCCCUGACGGUUUUGAAAUGUUUGGAUACACGUCACCCGCAAUCAUACAGGCUAUUGAAGCAUUAGAUGUGAAUCGAGUUUGCACAGAGUAUUGGGACUCUAGGCCUUAUUCGAGGCCACAAGUUCAGUUCCCUGCAAAUCCUCUUCCCAGAGAAGCCAACACAAGCAUCCUAUUGCCUACUGGAACAAACUCUACUCUCAAAGUUCUGCUGAAGAAAGCUAACAUGGAGGAACUAAGCUCACUUCAGCAGGUUUUAAGCGAGCCUAACAUAGAUUUGGUGACAGAACUUGUGAAGGAAGAGCUCCAGAGUCGCCGCUGACUUGAUUUGAAGGAGAUUGAUAUUAGUUGUGUACAUACAGAGUUGAUGAGGCUCCCUCUGCUCAUUCUUUUUUUGGACAUUCUUACAGAGGAAGGAUAGAAACAUGUAACUAGAACCCUGUUUCUUCUUCCGUUCUCUCAAACUACAAGAAAAGGAGAAAGAAAGAAGAAUUGUUGGGUUCUUGAAACCAUUAGUUUUUGGUUACUAGUCGGACUACAAGAUCCAUAUGUGGGUUGGUUAACAGUUCAACAUCACUUUUACUAGUAUUGACAUCUGUUCCUCUGUUUUGAAAGUCCAAAGGGCAUUGAAUUUAAAGA